AUGAUGCGAUCGGGAGCGCGCGGCGGCGACGUGGAGGAGGAGGAGGAGGACCGGAAGCCGGUGAUCAAGCCGGGCGUGCACGUGACGCUCAAGGUGCAGGAUACGGAGGGGCGCACGGUGGAGCGCACCGUGCGGAGGACGCAGAAGCUGCAGGUGGUCAUGGACGCCUACUACGCCAGCGUGCCGGACGUCACCUACGGCACGGGCAGGUUCCUGUACGACGGCGGGCGGCUGAGUGGGGGGCGCCGCGGAGCUCGAGAUGGAGGAAGGGGACGAGAUCGAGUUCUUCACCGAGCUGUUGGGUGGCGGCGGACGUGUUGGUGCUGGUGCUGA